AUGGGUGCUGUAAUGGCAUGUGCCCGCCAGAGGAGCCGACCGACGCCGGCGCGCCGACCGACGACCGACGCGCAGAAGAGCGCCGACCAGCCGGCGUCGCCGGCGGAGGAGGAGCGCACGCCGGAAGAAGGCGGGUACGGCCUGGACCGCACCUUCUGCCGCCACGCCUGGGCCUUGCUCAAGGUCAUGUUCCCCAGCCUCGGCUCCUUCAGCGUCUUUCAGCUGGUGGUGCUGCUCAUCUUCAGCGGGUCAGAACAGUAUGUGGUGUAUUGGGUUGGUAUCAUACCCAGCCGGUACUACCAAGUGUUGGGCGACAAGGACUGGAACGCCUUCGGCACUCUCACCGCUGAGUGUCUCGGCCUAGUGCUCGUCAUUUCGUUCGUCAAGGGGUCGCGCAUCUACAUAUCGACGAUCCUGUACGUCACCUGGCGCCAGCUGGUCGACCGCUUUCUGCACCGCCGCUACUUUACCGGGAUCAACUACUAUCUUCUCAACGUGAUGGACUCGCGCAUCGACAACCCUGACCAGCGCAUCACGCAGGACGUGGACAAGAUGUGCAAGACGCUCAGCACCAUGUUCUCGCAGCUGAUCAUGGCGCCCUUCAUCGUCGGAUACUACACGUACAGCGUCUACGUCAACACGGGGUACAUUGGGAUCCUCAGCAUCUACGGUUUCUUCGUCGUAGCGACUGUCGUCAACAAGGUCAUUAUGACUCCAAUCGUCACAUACGUGGUGAAGCAGGAAGAAAAGGAGGGCACCUUCAGGUUCAAGCACAUGCAGGUCCGCGUACACGCCGAGGCUCUGGGCUUUCAAGGCUGCAGCGCCGUGGAGGAGCACCGCUGCAACCGGCGGCUGAGUGCGCUCGUCUCCACGCAGAUGUCGCUCUUCAACCGGCGCUUCAUGCUCACCGUGGUGGUCAACCUGUUCGACUACCUGGGCGGCAUUCUCAACUACCUGGUGAUCUCGAUCCCGAUCUUCGCCGGCCUGUACGACGACCGCACGCCGCAGCAGCUGAGCGCGCUCAUCAGCCAGAACUCGUUCGUCUGCAUGUACCUGAUCUUCAACUUCACCCAGCUGGUGGACCUGGCGUCCAGCGCCACGGACGUGGUGGGCUGCACGCACCGGGUGGGCCAGCUAGUGGAGCGGCUAGCGGUGCUGGAGCAACGGUGGAAGAGCUCGCCGCACACCCCCGACGAAGACACGAGCGGGGGCCCGGACACGUGUCUCAUGCCGCAGCGGCCGUUCCUGACGGACGGCUCGCUCCGGCAGCAGAUCGUGUACCCGGAGCGGCUGAAGGAGGGCGGCUACACGGUGUCGGAGACGGAGCGCAUGCUGCACUACCUGGAGCUGGUGCAGCUGAGCAGUCUGGCGGAUCGCUGCGGCGGUCUGGACUCCGAGGUCAACAAGAACUGGUACGACAUGUUGUCGCCGGGCGAGAUGCAGCGCCUGUUCUUCGUCCGGCUCUUCCACCACCGGCCGGUGUUCGUGUUCAUGGACGAGGCGACCAGCGCCGUCAGUCCCGACAUGGAGGAGAUCCUGUACCAGGAAUGUUUGCGGCUGAAGAUGACCUUGUUCAGCGUUGGACACCGUGAAAGCUUAACCGCCUACCACGACUGGAAGCUGCACCUGUUUAAUGACGGCACCUGGAGACUGGACCCGAUCGAGCACGCCGCUGGCGGCAUCUGUCCGUGAACACGGCAGGCGGAGCUUCCGUAGUCUUCCGCUGGAAUAAGUGGUUCAGGGAUCAUUCUGUACUGCGUUCUGUAUGAUUCGAUAUGGCAGGUGAUGGGGAGAACCAUCAUUGCCAGUUGAUUCAAAACAGCAAGUGAUGGGGAGAACCAUCAUUGCCAUUUGAUUCGAGACAAGUGAUGGGGAGAACCGUCAUUGCCAGUUGAUUCGAGACAAGUGAUGGGGAGAACUGUCACUGCCUUUUUAGCUGUAACAGCGUUUUGCAGAUUGUGUGCUGGUGGUGCCUGCGGUGUGAUACCGUGAUUUGGGGUAGCUGCAAUAUUGGAGGGCUCAUCUGGAUUUAGCCAUCUCAUCAGGUAUGCCGCGAUGGUUGUAAUGAAGGUGCAUUAUUAGAGUGAAAUCUUGUGUCGGGAUUUUGUAUUGUGCCAUCAAGUUCAUAUGCGAAAAGUGCAAUUGGGUUUUUUAGUUACACGAGGAUGUCGAUAGUUAUUAGUGUUUGAGAAUGUGAAUUGUACCAUUGCCACUGGCACCCGAUGGAUGUAUUUUACUGUAUAGUUGGCGACAUAUUUAGUACGUGACCACGCGAGUUUUGUUACGUUGUGUUUUGUUUAAAUGGUGGCCGACCGGAUGCCUUACUUUAUACUUCCACCAAUAAUCUGAUUACAAAUAUACUCACAG